AUGGGUGACUUAAACCUUGUUUUCAGUAAUGAAGAUGAAUUUUACUUUAAAGUUGAAAAUGCAGAUACUUGGAUUACUAAUUGUUUAGUGCAAGACGACCCCUCUAAACUAGUUUGGUUACUUACAUGUAUGUAUUGCUCCUCUUAUCCCAACAAUAAAGAGAAGCAAUGGUCAUAUAUAAAGGAGUUAAGUCAGAGUAUACAUCAGCCGUGGGUCAUUAUGGGUGACUUAAACCUUGUUUUCAGUAAUGAAAAUAGGCCUUCUGCAACUGUUACCAUCCCAAGUACUUCUAAUACUUCUCAUGUUACUUCUCGUGCUUUAAAUCCGUAUACUUCUUCUUCUCGAGAUGCUCUAUAUGUUCAUUUAAUCUAUGAAGCUGGAUUAAAAGAUAUGGGAUAUUCAGGCAGAUCUUUCACAUGGUUUAGUAGUGCUCAUGGUACGGGUAUAAGACGCUCAAGACUUGACAGAGCCAUCACCGAUGAUGAGUGGGUUAUUCACUUUCCAGAUGCCAAGCUACUUCAUCUGCCACAAUUGGGAUCAGACCAUUGCCCAAUUAUGUUAGAUUCUUCUUCUAUAAAUUGUGACAAGAAACAGAAUUGGAAAUAUUUCCAAUGUUAUGAAAGAGAUGAGACACUUAAAGAGGAAGUAGCUACAACUUGGAAUCAACCAGUUAGUGGAUUUCAUGCUUAUAAACUAUCAAAACACUUGAUACUGACCAGAAAGCAUGUAUCGAAGUGGAACAAAGAAAUUUUUAGCAACAUCCAGAGCAAUAUUUUCCUUCUUCAUCAACAACUAGAGUCCAUCCAAUCUGGGAAUCAUGAACAAGACAUAGAUAUUCAGAGAAGAUUUAGAGCAACUUCUGACGACACAUUACAACUCCUUGCACAUACUUACUCCCCUGCAAAGAAUGAUGCUAUAAUUCAUUACAUUCCACAAGUCAUCACAACCUCAGAUAAUGAAGAGUUGAUGAAAAUUCCAGAUUCUGCUGAAGUACUCGAAGCCUUAAAAAGCAAUGAAGUGGUGGAGAUGAUCAAGCAUUUUUUCAGAACUGGCUACAUUCUCAAGAGCUUAAACACAACCAAUGUUUCUCUAAUUCCUAAGACAAAAAACAAGCAGUUCCCAUCUGACUUAAGACCCAUUGCAUUAUGCAAUACUUCAUAUAAAAUAAUCUCUAAGAUUAUGUCCUCAAGAAUGAAGAAGUUCAUGAAGAAGAUUAUAUCUCCUUUACAGGCAUCAUAUGUACCUGGGAGGCAGAUUUCAGACAAUAUACAUCUUGCUCAAGAGAUUGUGCACACAAUGAAGAAUAAAAAGGAGUUAUCAAAAUAUCUAGCUUUAAAGCUAGACAUGUCGAAAGCCUUUGAUAGGCUAGAGUGGCCAUUUCUCAUGGAUGUCAUGUCUAAAAUGGGAUUUUUCCCAGAAUGGUGUAAUUUGAUCAUACAGUGCAUCGACACAACAAAGAUUUCUAUAACUCUAAAUGGUGCACCAUGUGAUUCUUAUCAGCCAACAAGGGCAGUGCGACAAGAUGGAGCUCCCUCAAUUUCCCAUUUAUUCUUCGCGGACGACUGCCUACUAUUCAUUAAUGCUAAUCUCUAUAAUGUCAACAAUCUACUGAAAAUUAUUGAAAAAUUCGGUGCUGCGUCUGACCAAAUGGUAAAUUUUACCAAAUCAAGUGUAUACUUCAGUGCACAUGUUCCACAGAGGUUUCAAAGGUUACUUACUAGUAGAUUGAAGGUACCCAAGAUGAACUCCAAUGAAAGAUACUUGGGCAUCCCUCUCUUAAUUGACAAGAAUAAGAUUGAAUGUUUUACUCUAUUGGUAGACAGAUUUAAACACAGGUUAUCAAACUGGAAUGUCAAGACUAUGACUCAGUGCAGCAAAGCUCUUAUGGUUCAAAAUGUAACAAGUACCAUACCAGCCUAUUCUAUGAGUUGUAUACAAAUUCCCAUAGACACAGUUAACAAGAUCGACAGUAUGCAAAGAAAAUUCUACUGGGGUUUUGAGGAAAAAAAGGGAACAUAUACUGCAUAUUGGAAGCGUCUCAGUGUGCAAAAACAUUUAGGGAGUCAAGGAUUUUGUGACUUGAAGAUUCUUAACAAAUCUCUUCUAGUUAGAGCAGCUUGGAGAAUCUGCAUAAAUUCAGAAGCUCAAUGGGUUAAAGCUAUGAUGUCUAAAUACUUUCCAGGUACUUCUCUUCUUCACACUGGUAACAAGACCAAUUGUUCUUGUGUUUGGAAUGGAGUGCAGAAGCAGAUUCCCUUCAUCAAAGAAAACAACAGAUGGCGAGUGGGGAAAGGCGAUAAAAUUAAAAUAUGGAUGGAUACUUGGAUUACAGGCAUGGAUGAACCACCAGUUCCUAGACAAGGGGUCACUGAUAGUGAAAGCUAUAUCUGGGUAAAUGAACUUUUUACUCAUGAUGGAAGGCAAUGGAAUAUAGAUUUGAUCAGACAUCUUUUUGAUGCAGCAACAACUAAUUUAGUCAUCGGCAUGAGGAUUUCAGUUGCAGUGGCAGAUAAAUUGAUCUGGAAAUUAACAAGGAAUUGCUUAUCAGAUAUUUUGCAUACAAAGGAAAGACUUGCCAAAGCCUGCAGCUACAUCAACCAGUCUUGCCCAAUUUGCUCUCAAUCUGUUGAAAGCACGAUGCACAUACUAUUCCACUGCACUUUCUCAAAAGCAGUUUUGAUGCAAGUGCCUGGCGUCUCCAGUGUUCUAUCAGGAAGCUUUAACAACAUUGCACAAGUUUUUGAAAAUUGGUUUUUACAGGACAUGCAGCAGUCCUCCCAACAUGGAAAGUGGAGGGGAUGUCAAUCAAAAUGCUAUACAGGAGUAAUCAACUCUGAACAGGCGGAGUGUCUAGCUUUCCUUGAUGCAGUAAGAUGGAGUAAAGAGUUGCAGCACAAUCAUAUAGUCUUUGAAACAGACCUCAAGGGGAUAGAAAGCUACAUCAACAAACUAGCUCCGGAUAUUGCGUGGGAAAAUGAAGACAUACUGCUUGAUGCAAUGAAUAAAUUAAAAACAAUCCCUCAUUGGGAGUGCAAUUUCAUUCCUAGAUUAUGUAAUAAAGCUGUUGACAAAUUAGCUAAGUUCAGCAGGCGAAAUGGUAUUACCAAUACCUGGUUCGAUAAUCCUCCUAGCAUUGUUGAGAACCAGCUUUUAUCAGACAAUGUAUUUCUUUCAAGUUAA